GAAUAAAUAAAUGAUUAAUCCUUAGUUUUUUUGUAUAUAUACACACACUUUCAAGUUUAAACAUACCCACCACCCUCCGGCCACCGGCGUAUCUCCGGCGAAAUGCAUCCACCGGCGGCGAUCUCUCUCCUCCUCCUCUUAACCAUCACCACCACCACCAAUGGUCACAACAUCACCCGUAUCCUCCAAAAGAACCCAGAAUUCUCAACCUUCAACCACUAUCUAACCCUAACCCACCUCGCCGGAGAGAUCAACCGUCGGCAAACCAUCACUGUCUGCGCCGUCGACAAUGCCGCCAUGUCCGACUUAACCGCCAAAGGCCUCUCACUCGAAACCAUCAAAAAUGUCCUCUCACUUCACGUCUUUGCAGACUAUUAUGGCGCCAAAAAGCUCCACGAGAUCACCAAAGGCUCCACCUCCACCGCCACCAUGUACCAAGCCACCGGCGAAGCCCCUGGCACCACCGGAUUCGUUCACAUCACCGACGCUAAAGGUGGUAAAGUUCGGUUCACCCCUGAAGAUAAUCCCUCUCAAACCGACGUCGUUUUUGUUAAAUCGGUUCUUGAAAUGCCCUACAACAUUUCUGUCAUCCAGAUCAGCCAGGUUUUGAACUCGCCCGAGGCGAUGGCACCAACGUCGGCACCGGAUCUUAACUUAACGUCGUUGCUACAACGCGAGGGUUGCAAAUCGUUUUACAAUCUGUUAACAACUUCCGGUGCGAUCGGAACGUUUUUGAGCAGCGUUGACGGUGGAGUAACGGUGUUUUGUCCGAGUGACGACGCCGUAAAGGAGUUCACGCCAAAAUACAAAAACCUAACGGCGGAAGGUAAGACGGCGUUACUGUUGUACCACGGUGUUCCAACAUACAACUCCAUGGGGAUGUUGAGAUCCAGCAACGGCUUGAUGAACACGUUAGCGACCGAAGGCGCGAAUAAGUACGAUUUCACGGUGCAAAAUGACGGCGAGGAUGUGAAGUUGAAGACGAAAGUUGUUACGGCGGAGAUUUCAGGGACGGUAGUUGAUGAUGAGCCGGUGGCGAUUUAUCGGAUUGAUAAGGUUUUGAUGCCGCGGGAGUUGUUUAAGGCGACGGUGGCCGCGAAGAAAGGUGACGGGAAAGGUGACGAUGCGGAAGCGCCGGGACCAGACUCGUCGGAUGAUUAUGGUGACGAUGAUGCGGCGGAUCAGAAGGCGAAUUCCGGUGGAAAGGUGGUGGCAUCGGCUGUUAUGGUGUUGUUUGUUGUUGUUGCGUUCUUGUGAACAUAGUGCGUACAUAGUGACGGAUCUAGAAAAUCCUUAUAGGAGCAACGUUUAAAAGAAAAGGGUAACGCUACAAUCAGAACGUCAAAUACAACAGAGGUUACCCCUUGUUACAAGGUAGGUCCGCGUACGUAGAACAUAAUCCACUUUUAUUGUUUUGAAUAUACCAAUAUUUUUUUAAAUGAUUAUUUUUGUUGUAAUAAUACUGUUUUGUAAUUGUUUUGAGUGUAUAUUUUAUACAGAAAUUCAACUAUCUAAAGUUCAUAAAUGCACUCACUUUUUAAAUUUUAAA